AUGGCUGGAAGUAUCGUGAACAUUCCUGGUAUCACCAGCAACGGCAGCACGGCCGCGCUAUUCCACCUCAUCCUCCCCCAGCGAUACGUGAUUGUGCUGCUAACGCUGGUCUGCUCCGCCGUGUGCUAUAUCGAACGCGUGGGGUUCUCUAUCGCGUACACGGCGAUCGCGAUCCGCGAGGGGGUGGAUCAAGCGACCAAAGGAUGGGUCAUGUCGGCCUUCUACUACGGAUACGCGUCGUCCCAGGUUCCAGGCAGCUGGGCGUCUCAAACGCACGGCGGCAGGCUCUUUCGUAGCCUGUCCCGCUGCUCCCUAUUCCCAUUUAAUCUUCCCCGUCCUAUCCGCCUCCCCCACCCUCCUCUCUCUCACUCCCAGGUCCCAGGCAGUUGGGCUUCUCAAAAGUAUGGCGGCAGGCGGGUCCUCACAUACUCGUUUGUAGCCUGGUCCGUUUUAUGCGUUCUCACGCCCACCGAGUCACCCCCUGACAGCACUGGCAGCGGCCCCAAUACAGUCACACUCGUUAUAAUCCGCCUGCUAGUAGGCAUCGCCCAGGGAUUCAUAUUCCCCGCUAUUCACACCGUCUUGGCUCAAUGGACGCCCCCUCACGAGAAAUCCCGCGCAGUGAGUCUGUCUAUGUCGGGGAUGUACCUAGGAGCAGGCAUAGCCAUGCAGAUACUCCCCGGAUUAGUAGCUUCUAGAGGGCCCGAGUCGGUGUUCCAAUUAGUAGCAGCCAUGGGCGUCGCGUGGACUAUUUUAUGGGUUAAAUAUGCGACGGAUCCGCCUGGCGGGGCGACAGCGUUCGCGCAUGUGCCUGUGGGGGGCGGCAUGGGGGGGCAUAAGGGGAGUGAAGCGGAGUUGCUUCCGCUUGUGAAUGGGGAGGGGGAACGGGGGAGAGUAGGCGGAACAGGGUUGGAAUCAGAAGUGGUGCAUAGAAUAGGGGGAGGCGGAGGCGGAGGGGGGGGCGCGGGGGGGGACAAUGGGGGGAAUGGCGGAGUGGGGGGAGGCGGGAAGGGAGGGGGACUAACAUCAAGCACAAUCUCCGCGUUAGGGCUAGGGGCAAAAGGGGGAAGCGAGGAUGAGGAGGAGGAUGAGGAGGAGGAGGAGGAGCAGCAGCGGCUAAAGAGACUCGGCGUGGUAGGGGUGGCAGCUUCUGGGCUGAUUCUUGAGGCGUUUUCGGGUGGAGAGGGGUCGGGAGGAGUGGGGAACGGUGGAGUGGGAGGAGUAAGUGGUGUGGGAGGAGCAGGAGGAGGAAGGGGAGUAGGGGGGAUUGAUCCGGGGUGGUGGUGGGUGUUUUUCACGCCAGCGUCCCUGUGUGUGGUCAGUGCUUUGAUCUUUGACGCGUUUGCCACGGGGGAGCGGGUCUUUGAGUGA